AUCGUUUCUUCACCGACGAACUAUCUUUUCAUCGGCUCCUGUUUCAUUAAUUCCACUGAAAGUCAUGAUUUUUGGACAUUCCUAUGUCACUUCUUCAAGAGUGGCAUUUCAUUUUUGAUCUCAUCAAAGAUAUCUUUUUUUUACAACAUGAUACCAAAACUAAAGAAUGAUGAGGGAAAGAAUAAAGGAUAUUGUGUGUGUUUAUAUUUUUGUGAGUUUUUGUAUUAACCAAUGUUUAUGUAUCAGCAUAGCACUUAAACAACAACAGGGUUGUCAGAAAGACCAAGUGGAAAGAAUUUACAGAGGAAGAAAUUUCUGUUGUUAUCCUCUUAAAUGUAAACCAGGUCAAAAGUUUGACUUCUGUAGAACAAAUAACGGACACGACACUUGUCAGAACUGUCCUGAUGGGUUCAGCCAUAAGGAUUUGAUUGAUACUGCAAAAUGGGAUUUUAUAAUAGAUCCAUGUGCACCUGUAGAGGAUUGUUCUGAUUAUUCUGAUUUAAUCAAAGAAAAUGAAGAGUGUGUUUGUGACAGAACAAGAGGUUAUUAUGGAAGAGACAGACAUAAUUGUGCUGCUGACCUUAUUUGCAAGAAAGCAGGAUUUGAAAUGGAUCAAGAUGGAGUAUGUCUAAUGUGUGGAGAGGAACAUUUCAAGAAUAAAGAGGAUUACAGCUUAUGUAUAAUGAAGACCAGGUGCACAAGGGGCCAAGAAGUUGACUUCAAAGGUUCUCACACGGCAGAUAGAACAUGCAGAAGGAGAAUAGUGCAAAAACCAGCAAUUCCAGCCCCAGUAAAACCUACCAUCAAAGAAGCCAACAUAACAAAGUUUGAUGUGGAUAGAAGUAGAAGCAUGGAAGAAAAAAAUACAACUGUUGUUGUUCCAGAUUUGGAUACGCCAACUAAUGAGAUCUCUAAACAUAGUAACCCUGGACAUUCAACUUUAUUUGUGGCAAUGGUAAUCCUUCUCUCUCUUCUUAUUGGAAUUAUAGUAUCUGUCUGCUUCAUUAAAAAAGGUCAGCAAUGGAAUGAUUUGUCAUGUAGUCUAAAUUGCUGUUCCCAGAAUUCAGUUAAUCACAACAAUGUUUAUAAUAAAAAAGAUAUCAAUAAUUAUAUUAAUGAUGCCAAUAAUGUUGUGGUUGGAGAUUAUGGGAAAAUAGUAGCAGACGAAGAUUCAAAUCCUGGUGAAGAUACACCUAUGAAGGAAGUAGAGCUUGACUGAAUUUAUAUAUUUUUUAGAAUUCUGUAAACCAACUUAUUUUUACAGUUACAUUAUUUUGCCUUUACCCGAUCUUAAGUCCACAAAGAUCGAAGUUUAACAUUUUCACAUAUUUUUUUUUUACUCUUGAAAUUAAUUUGGUUUACAGUAUACUGAACCUUCCGAUAAUAUGCAUCCUGUAUCAAUAUGUGUUCGUUACAUAUGACAUGACUCUGUGCUUAUACAUCCCAUCAUUGUAUUCUUGUCUUUUCAUUUUUACUAGUAUGCUUUGUCUAUGUUCCUUUUUGUGUUACUUUGUUACAUAUUUUAUGUAUUAAGUUUACUUAAAUCUUUGUUAUUUUCCAAAUUUUUUAAAAUGUGUGUUUAUACUUGAUUUGUAGUCAACAUCAAGUGCAAAUUCACAAUUUUAUUAUUCUUUAUAAGUUUUAUAUAUACACAAUAUUAUACCAUUACAUUUUUGAUGUAUUAUCAUUUGUGCUGAAUCACAAUUUGUAUGUACCGGUACAUGAAUAGAAUGAGUUGAGUGUGUAUGUUGUGAAUAUACAAUUUAUGCAUAAUGAUCACAGACUUAGAAAUAAAACAAUGAAUGAAUUUAAGAUAUAUUUUGCUUUAUAUUCAUAUAAAAAUUUCUGAAAUGUGACAACUUCAUUGUAGUUUAUUUU